GAGAGUGUGUGGAUAGUAGACUGUAGAGAGACUAAGGAACGAAGGAGGAAGAAAUUGUAGGUUUUCAGACAUGGGAGCUUUGGCUCCAAUCUCUCCAUGGAUUCCUGAAGAUGAUCUCUUACUAAAGAAUUCUGUCGAGGAUGGGGCUUCAAUGGAAGCACUUGCUAAAGGAGCAGUCCGGUUCUCUCACCGAUUUACACUUCAUGAACUGCAAGAGCGGUGGUAUUCUCUCCUCUAUGAUUCAGUUUUUUCGGAACAUGCUUCUAUUCGUAUGGAUGAGAUUCAGAAAUAUACGUCCAAUCUUUCCUCAAAAUCCGAAAAAGUUGGUGUUUCCAAAGGUUCUGAAUGGGUUUCCGGGAAAAGGAAAGAAGAAAGUAUUCGCGGCCUUUAUUAUGCUAUGCGGAAGAGAAUUAAUUUGUACUAAACCUUGCAGUUCUAUGGAGUUAACUUACCUUGUUGCACCUAGUCUUAAUAAAUGCAUAAAUGCACUGGUAAUGGAGAAGUAUGCCAAGACGAGUUCAGACAUCCCAAGGAGCAACAUAAUGAUAGAUGUGUGAUUGAGGAUCAUAUUACAGAAGUCUUUGAACUUCAGGAUUCAGAUUUUGAGGUGGUUCGUCAAGCUAUUCUAUAAAUUGCUCACGAGGACAAUGUCGAAGGCAACAUUCAUCAGAACACCGAUGCCUUUUAUUAUGGACAUAUGGGUUCACUUGAAGGCGAUCUUCCAGAUGGAAUAAUGGAUAGAGACUGCUUAUAUGGAUUUUCAUAAAAUAUACUGAAGUAGUAGGAAAUGAUACUUGAAGUCAAUGGUGGUGGGUUUGGCGGGAGAAAAGAUAGGAAUGAUGGAAGAAAUAUGAUUUUUACGCAUAAAUUUUGGAUUUUUUUUCUAAUGUCGCUUAAAUUCAGUUUGUUUUGCGAAUGUCACUUGCUUGAUCUUUGCGAAUGUCGAUGUCGCUUGCUUGAUAUUUGUGAGUGUCGCUUGCUU